ACUGAACCCCGAAUUUCGCAGUUGGACCCCCCCUCAAAGCUUGACUGCGAUCUUACAUGCGCCCAAAACACCGACAGUUGGCCUCCUGUAUAAUCGAGUAGUAAUCGAUAUAGUCUCGUCGCUGACUGUCAAAAAUGGCAGACGUACCCCGCAGCGCAACGGCGCGCUUGCGCAAGACGUUCCAAUACCCAACAGACGACUCCUCAUCGAGCACCCCGGAGGUCCUAGACGAAGAGGAGCAAGAUAACCUCAUCCAGUCCCUGGCGGACCAAAACGCAGCUAGGAACGCCCAGUUCCGCAUCGCCAUGCUCGCCCUGCCCGUGCUGUCAACCCUCCCGUACCUGGUCAUCCUUUUCCGCCGCCCCGAGGCCUCCCUCAUCCUCCCCACCCUGCUGAGCAUAUCCUCGCUGGCCUCGACAACGUGGCUGCUAUACGCCCAGGACCCCACCGAGACGGGCAUCGCGGCUCUGGACUCGUGGGCCCGCGGCGCCGGCCUGGACAACAGCAACGGCAACAAUCCACCCUUUUCCCCUCUCCGACGAGCGCCCGGCGGGAGCAGGCGGCGCCGGCUGUCGUCCUUCUCCGCGGCUGCCGGUGGGGGGGUUGGCGUAUACGGACGAGGCUACCGGUCACCGCUCGAGACGUACCUGCCGCUGCUCAACGCCGGAUUGUGCGCGCUGCUCCUCUUGAUGGCCGUCUUGAUUGCCCUGGCGCCGCCGGAGGGGCGGACGGCGCCGGAGCACGUGGGCCGGGUCAUGCUGGCGUGCCUGCCUGCGGUCGUCUACGCCGUCGUCAUCGCUGCUAAGCUCGUCAUGUCGAGCGUCGAUCCCGAGAGGGAUCUCACGGGGCUCAAGUACGAGAACAAGGGCGCGUGAUUUUCCGUCUUUAAAAUAUUUCUUUUUUUAUAUUUGUCUUGUACUUUGCUUUUCUGCCUGAAUAUCUUUACCGGCUUUCCCUGAAUUUGAAAAGGGUGCCCCGAGUUUAUGGUAGAGCUGGUUUGGUUUGUCAAGAAGUUGUAAAAAUGUAUACGAUUUAUGAGUAUGAUACCUCCUCAACAUGAGAACAUAGGCCGAGCACACUACUGCCAGCUUACGCUACUUUCGCACUUGUA